AGGGCGUUCCACUUCAAACAUGCCUACUUUCAUUGGCCUUACAUUUCAAGUUAUUGCUUAUUGUUUCUUGUUCGACUUCAUUUUAUUUCCAUGAAACGCGGUAUUGUUGUGUUUUACAAUAUAAUGUCCACGCGACAUUCUCGUUAUAAAAUACUUUUAAAUUUGCUGUGUAACAUCGUUUUAGUAAUUAAUGUAAGGGAAUUUUCGUGAACUAAUCUAGUAUUUAUCAACCAUUAAAAUUAAUUUUACCCUUAGCUAUGCAUUUUCUCAAAGGAAUUAAUUUCCCGCACUCCCGUAAAUUAUGAAACCCAAAGCCGGAUUUACAGCUACGUCAUCGAGGUCAUCUCGAUCUAACCAUAUAGUGAUUUUACGUUACAUUUUUGACAUCCUAAAAUAAAAAAGUUUCAACCGAGUAUACCGAGAAUUGACUACAGAUCAAAUUACCAGUUGUAACCAUAGUUACUACUUACUACGCCCUCAAAAGGCAAGACAUACGACGUAGCUGUGGAUUUGGCUUAAGGGUGAAAAUAUAUUUUAAUGAUAUCGUAAUGUGAUCACCUAAUUUAACAUGUUUUAAUACGGCCCUUAGAUAAUACAGAAGAGAAACUAUAACAACAAAAUAUCGUCCAAACAUACAUCAAUAGUCAAUUGAGGCAAAUGUACUGCCUCUUAUCAAAAUGGACAUUGACGCGUUAAGAUUUUCCCUGUCUAGGACAAAAAUGGCUUUCCUGUCCUUGCUGCAUGUGACUUAUAUAUAUUACCACGGCGAUGUAACAGGUGCUGCGUCGGGGAUCAUUGACUUACCCGGAGAUUAGAUACUUAGCCAUUAUGAUUUUAUCGUAGUCGGCGGUGGAUCGGCAGGUGCUGUGCUGGCAAAUAGAUUAACCGAAGUUAAUGGUUGGAGCGUUCUUCUAAUAGAAGCUGGUGAUUAUGAAACGAUUCUAACAGACGUGCCUGCGUUGGCAGCCAACCAUCAACUUUCCAAGAUUGAUUGGAAUUAUACUACCGAACCUCAGGAUACAGCUUGUUUGGGUGAGUACAGUCAUAUUAUUUAAAUGUUGUGCUCAUUUGAUAAACAUAGAUUUUAAAGUCUUGUAAAGUUCUUUCAUAGUUUGUAAAUGAAACAAAUUAUAAUGUGAUGGUUUCCUAAAAUAUGAAAUGUACCCACAACGAAUAGGGUUUAAAGUUGUAUAAAAUGUAUUUAGGCUAUUCUAUAGUAUAAUCAUAAAAAAC